CGUUGCUAUGAGUAACGGGUAGUACUCUCCGCAGGCUCUGGCCGGGCUUCCUGCGCGCCAUUUUCAAACCGCGUUACUACCCGCCGUCCACAUCCCAAACAAACCCCAUAGUCCGUCCCUAUGGCCUCCGGCGUCUAUGUCCGUCCAGUGCAGCAGCAGCCGGCAUGAGGCCUUAGAGUCCGCUGUGGCCAUAGACGUCCCUGUCCUGAGCCGACACUGAACUUAGGAUCAUAGAAGCCUGAGGAUCGCUACAAUGAGUACUGCCGCAGAAAGGAAGUUCAUCAACCUCCGCAAGCGUCUGGACCAACUGGGCUACAAGCAGCCGCUGGGCAUUGAGUCCUUGCCACUUGUUGAGAAACUUUUCAGUGACCUGGUUCAUACUACAGAAAGUCUUCGCAACGCAAAGUUAAACGCUGGCAAAAAUGAGAAGGAGACCAAGAAUUUUGAUGCAGUGAUAGAACCUUACAAGGCAGAAAAUGCCAGGCUGGUCAGAGAAAACAAUGAACUCCACUUAGAGCUCCUGAAGAUCAAAGAAGAAUCUGAUCGCCACAUUAAAGAUUUGAAAGCCUCUCUGAGAAAACUAGAACACCAAACCGCUGACCUGAAAUUUUUAAAUAACCAAUAUGUCCAUAAAAUUCGAUCAAUGGAGAAAGAAAGCAAAGCAAAGGCUGAAAGGAUUCAGCAACUUCAAGAGAAGAACCUGCAAGCUGUGGUGCAGACACCAGGUGGAAAGAAAAGAAACAUUCCUUUUCGCCGUCAGCGCAUGCAAAUUGAUCAGCCAGUCCCACCCUCGGCAAUAAGUGGACACCCUGUCCCACAGCCAGAGGAUCCAUAUGUUGCUGAUCUACUUCAGGUGGCGGAUGACAGAAUUCGAGAACUACAGCAAGAUGUCACCUCUCUGCAAGAAAGGUUGGAGUCCUCAGACAGAGCAGUGAAGCAUCUGACCCAUCAGAUGGAAUUAAGAGACAAAGAAUUAGAACGACUGGCACUAGCUUUGGAUGGUGGGCGCUCUCAUGAUGUUAUUUCUCUAGAAGCCAGAUAUAGAAGUAAUGAGAAGCUUGUUGCUCAUCUCAAUCUGCAAAUCGAAUACCUUCAGCAAGCAAACCAAGACCUUGAAAAACGUGUGCAAGAGCUCCUAGAAACGAGGCAAAAUGUCACCAGUGAAGUGGUGAAUCUAAGUACCAAAAAUGAAGAGCUUUGUCAAGAGCUGUUGGAGAUAGACCAAAUGGCACAGCGGCUGGAGAGGGACAAGGAGCGGGUACUGGUGACUGCAGAUGCCGAAAUUGAAGAGGCAAAAAGUGAAAUAAAAAGGCUUCACAUUGAAAUCGACAAACUGGAAAGCACCUUAUCUCAGUAUAAGUCGGAUCUAAAUACCUGUGAAUUUGAGAAGAAUAAACUAGCUGAUGAGUUAGAAGCCAGAAAGGAUGAGAAUCGCAAAUUAGAGUCUCUCCUGAACCAUGCAGAAAAUGAAAAACAGCGACUUUCAAGUAAACUUGAAAAACAGAUGGUAACAGAACGGGAGUUGGUGCUGGAGAUUGAAAGGAUGCGGACACAACAUGGCAUUUUGCGAACUGAUCGUUCACCUUCUCGGCUGGAUUCGUUUGUUAAAUCCUUGGAAGAAGAAAGAGACCAUUAUAGAACGGAGAUGGAAAAAUUGGAGCGAGCACUUAAUCUAAAAUCCAGCACCAGGAAUAGUUCCAUACAGGAUACUAGCAGAUCGCAGAGUUCACCAGAAAAGGACUCAGGAUUGAGUGCACACCUUCGGCGUCUCACUAGGGAACGAGAUGAUCUCCAGAACAUGUUAGAUCGGUUUGAAAAACAUAUGGUUGAGAUCCAGUCCAAUGUCAAAGUGCUAACAAUGGAAAGAGACAAGUUCCGGGUACUUUAUGAGCAGGCCCAGAACGAGCUGACAUUGACUAAGCGAGACUCGUCUCUUCUCCGCAAGAGUGCCUCAUCAGUCAAUGAACUGCGCCAUCUAGAGGAGGAAAGAGAUCUAGUCCAGUCAGACUUAGGAAGAGUUCAGGAUGAGAAUGAUGGACUCAGAGACAAAAUUAAGGUUCAGCAGGAAGUUUCUGCCUCGGAAAGAUUUAAACUCGCCCAAAAAAUUGCUGACCUAGAAAGCACAAUACAAAUGCUGGAAACAGAACAGUUUGAAUUAAAUUCCACUAUAUCUGAGCUGAAGGAAAAGAUAUCAUCUUUAGAUAAUGUAAACCGAUCCCAGUCCAUCACGUUGGCCCAGACUCAGGAUGACUGUUCACAGUAUAAAGCUGAAUUAAGUUCCUUAAGGUUACUGACUGAGCAACUUCAGAAGUCUAUGGAAGACCUCCAGCAUCGCCUUACUGUGAAAGCUAACGAGUUGCAGUUAUCACAAGAAGAGAUAGGCACUUUAGAAGAUAGAAUAGGGGAAUUAAACCACAAGGUGUCUGCUCAGGCAACUGAAAUGACCGUUCUCAGGAACACAGUUUCUAUCUUGGACAAGGAAAAAGAUCACCUUCAGGAUGAAGUUGAUGAGAAGACGGAGCGUGUUGCAAGUUUAGAUGAGAACAUGGAUAAUAAACAAAAGACGAUAACCAACUUACGGCUGACCCUGACUGAGCUCGAGGCAACUGUCGACCAGUUAAAAGAUGCGCUCAGUAACAAAGAUCGCGAGCUAUCCAGUCUUCGACGCCAACUUGACUCUGCCCAUGCGGAUCUCACAGAAAAUGUGAAAUUGAGAGAAAUCUCUCUGAAGGAGAAUAGAAGAUUGCAGGAUGAUUUGGCCACCAUUGCUAGAGAGAAUCAGACUGUUACAAUGGAAUUAGAAACUGCAAUACACGAAAAAGAAGAAUUAAAACUGAGAGUGCAUGGUUACAUCUCUGAGGUUUCUAGAAUUGAAACUUUAAUGGCUGCCAAGGAACAAGAGAAUCGAGAUCUUCUGGAUCAGUUCAGAAUGGUUCAUAGCCAGGCUGAGGAAUGGGAAAUGAAGGCACAAAGUGCUCUUGGUGAAAGCAGUUCUAUAAAGAUGGAGCUGCUCUCUGUGGACACUGAUAGAAGACAUCUUCGAGAACGACUAGAAGACCUGGAAAACGAAGUCCAAGAGCACAUGAAUGCUCAUCAGGCUUAUGAAACUCAAAUAUCUUCUAUGGCCAAGGCCUUGUCCAAACUUGAGGAGCAGCUCAGACGUGAGCAAGAUGAGAAGGCUCUGAUUCUGUCUGACUUGGCAUCAGUGAGGGAACUGUGUGUUAAGCUGGACUCUAGUAAAGAGCAGUUCUCCAGACAACUGACUGCACGAAAUAUGGAGUAUGAAAGACUGUUAGAUGAACUGGAAGAUACGAAGUCUGAAACCGAACUUUUAAAGAAACAGCUAGCAAGUGAGAGGCUGACCAUUAAGAACUUGGAGACUUUGCUGGCCACUAACCGAGAGAAGGAGUUCCAGAGUCAUUUAAGUACCCAUGAGAAAGAAUCAGAGAUUCAGCUGCUGAGAGAUAAACUCACCCUAUCAGAGAGUAAACUCAACAGUCACACCCGGGAAGCGACAAUGCUCCGUAACAAGCUUACACAGAUGCAGUCCGACUAUGAUAUUGCAAAAAGACAGCUUACAACUGAGCGGUUUGAAAGGGAGCGUGCAGUUCAGGAGUUACGUCGUCAUGGUCUGUCUACAUCAUCCAUUCGUUCUUCUUCACCACUUACUUCAACAAUGAAGUCGCCUGCAUUGUCUCCAGAGCGCUCCAUAUUAAGAUCAAUGGAUCGAGGAUCUGAUAAGCCAGCAGAAAAGAGUGUAAGUUUCAAAGACUGAUGAUCUGGAGCGAUGACGAGAGGCAAACACUGAAUGUUUCCAUGUUUGUAGGUAGUCUUGGCGCGCAUUCAUUUUUGUCUUGUAAUUUCAUGCUGCAUUUGCUCAGUGUAAACCUCCUAUAAAGCAGGUUAGUAAUACUUCACCACUGUUCUUGUAUUACUAUACAUACCUGAACAUAAUUUCAUCUUAUUACAACAAUAUGUUUAAUCCAUGGAGCCACAGCAUGCCCCAUUAAGUAAAGACAUUAUGGGGGCUGUAUAGUUAUUGGUUAGCUGAACAUGGUGCUGGUCCUGCUGGCUUAGUCGGUAGGAGAUGACCACUGACCCAAUACAUUGAUAUUUUAAGCUUGGAACCUCCUGAUCUAGUGCUAUUUGGAAAGGCUAGGGAAACGCCUGUCAUACACAUUAAAGGGGUGUUCCCUUCUCGGUCAUACUGGCACGGGAUCAGAAUUCCUGUAAAAUGAGGUGGCGGGGUUUGUGGAAACACCCGAGCGGGCUGUGCGUCGCUGUUUCUGUAUUCCAUAGAAAUGAAUAGGAGUUAUAGAAACCGCACAGCUAGCUACACUGCUUAUGUAAUCCCAGCCAUAACUGGCUGAGAUGGGAACACCCCUUUAAUAGUGAACAGUUGCUCUUUUAGCGGUUUUAAGAGAUCUCAGGUGAUUACUUUGCACUAUAACAUUUAUAAGUCUAUGGUUUCCGGUUUUAUCACUUCAUGUAACCAGUAUUCACUGCAGAAAUGGAGCCUUUUCUGCAUAAAUUCACAUAAUUGCACCUGCAUGUCUACAGGAUGGGACCCGACGGCUGGCAGGCUUCUAUACUUCUACGGUGUAUGUAUGUGGGUUAUUUUUUAUGUCUUAAAUUGCAUUUUAUAUAUUGAUAUGAAUUACAAGUGUGCAAUACAUUCCCAAAUGUACAUCAUAUUCUGACCACAGUAUUGCUUGAUACAGGCCAGUCCCACGUUCACGACGACUUGAAUAAUGUGAGCCGAUGCCUGAAACGAGUUACGUGUAAAACAUGGAUUAUGUAUUUCUCCUUUCCGUCUGACUGGGAUGUAACUUUUAUCUUUCACCGUUUGUAAAUGUGAAUAAUGUAAACUGUUUUAAUGUAAUCCCAGUCAGUUGGGAAUUUGUACUGCAUUGUAAUAUACGUCUGACUUUGUAUUUAUUUUUAUAUUAAUUACUAUUUAUAACAAAAAUAAAUUGGUAU